UAGCUCUUUUUUUAACAUUUCAUAUUCAAAAUGUCUACGAGUGUUAGUUCCAAGUGUUUUGAUAAUGAAAAGAAAACAAAAAGCAAAGAGCAACAUCUAAAAGAAGCAGUAAAUUUGAAAAAUAUUGAUGACGUUUUAGAAAAGGUCGAAGCUAUUGAUAACAAAUGCUCUUUUACAGCAUGUAAAAACCGUACGAAAUUUUUUGCUAUAGACUGUAAGUUUUGCAAGGGAAGGUUUUGUACAACUCACGGUUUACCGGAGAUCCACGGUUGUGGCGAAGCAGUUAGAAGGGAAGAGAGGAAAAAGUUUGAACACCCAGGUCCCCAAAUGUCACAGCAAAAACAUUCAGAGAAUCAAGCUAAACUGGCAAUGAAAUUGAGGCAAAUUCAACUGGAAAGAAAACCUAAAGGUAGUAAAAGUAAAGAAAAAAAGAAAUAAUUGAUGCAUAAAUGUAGAUAUUAAAUAACAUGAAUGUGAUAUAUAGCAUUGAUUAAAAGGCUAUGAUGAUGCAA